AUGAUAAAACCCUCCUUCAACCCUUACGAAAUUGUAGGGGAAAAAAUAUACAACACUGACGAAAGUCAUGAAAGCAAAUCUUCGCUCAAGAGCUAUGGUUUCUACCUCUUUCUCCUCCAGAAAUAUCAUUUCCCUCUUCAAUAGAAAUCCCAAAGUGACACCACUGGACUUCUUCAAUCACCGGUAUUCAGCUUUCUUCUCCACUCACAUUGUUGGGGACUCACCGAUUCUCGUUAGAGAUUUUAUUCACAAGGCACUGUAUGAUCCCAAUCAUGGGUACUUCUCUCAGAUGCCUGAUUCAGUUGGAGUUCUUGACAAAAGCAUUAAAUUCAAUCAACUUGAAGGCAGGAAAGCUUAUAUGAAGCAUUUGGAUAGAAUUUACAAGCAAAGUGGCAUUUCAUGGUUUACACCAGUGGAGCUUUUUAAGCCUUGGUAUGGUCAUGGAAUUGCAGAAGCUAUUUUGCGAACAACUAAUUUAUCUGUUCCACUAAAAAUAUAUGAAAUAGGUGGAGGAUCAGGCACCUGUGCAAAGGGAAUUUUGGAUUACAUAAAGUUGAAUGCGCCUACAAGAGUUUAUGAGCAUAUGACGUACACCUCAGUUGAAAUUAGUACGGCUCUUGCUGCAAAGCAGAUUCAAACUGUUGGAGAAGUUCAUAGUCAUGCAUCCAAGUUCAAAGUCGAGUGUCGUGAUGCUGCUGACCGGAGUGGGUGGGGGGAAGUGAACAACCAACCUUGUUGGGUUAUCAUGCUUGAGGUCCUUGACAAUCUUCCACAUGAUCUUAUCUAUUCUGAAAAUCAAACAUCACCGUGGAUGGAAGUAUGGGUCGAGAGGCAACCACAAAGGUCAGAACUUUCUGAGCUGUAUAGGCCUGUCAAGGACCCAUUAAUCACAAGUUGUAUGGAAAUCAUAGAUAUGAAGGGUGAUGGUUUAAGUAAUAGCAGCAAACUGACUUCAAUGGCGAAAAAUGCUUGGGCAAAAGUAUUUCCCAGGCCUAGAAGAUGUUGGCUUCCGACUGGCUGUUUGAAACUUCUAGAAGUUUUACAUGGAGCUUUACCAAAGAUGUCUUUAAUUGCUUCCGAUUUCAGUUAUCUUCCUGAUGUUAGAAUUCCUGGUGAAAGAGCUCCACUGGUCUCAACUAAGAGAGAUGGAAGCAGUUCAGAUUACAACAGUUAUUUGGAAGCAAAGGGGGAUGCUGAUAUAUUUUUUCCAACCGAUUUUUGGCUCUUGGAAUGCAUGGACCAUUAUUGCUCUGGAUGGAUGAAGCAGCAACAAGAUAUAUCAACCAAGCUGGGGAAGAAAAGACGCACGCUAACGCUUGACACAUCAGCUUUCAUGGAAGAAUUUGGCCUUCCCUCGAAGACGAGAACCAGAGAUGGGUACAACCCUCUACUAGAUGAUUUCAAGAACACUAAAUUUUAUCUUAGUGUACCUACACACAAUAUAAAGUAGAGAAGCUGCUCAUUACUUCUUGAGGAUAUGGAUGCAGGGAAACUUGCACUGCGACGAUUAUGUAAGGGCGUGCUUACUAUCAAACUUGUGACCAUGUAAGAGAAUCAUGCUCCACUCGCUUAGCUCGGCUCGGCAGAUAAGAACAAUAAUUCUGAAAAGAAUUUUAUUAUUGAACAAUCUAAGGUUGUGUUUGAAAACCCCGAAAAUGAUUUAUGGAAAUCAUUUUCUGGGUUUCUAGUGUUUGGCAAA